UUGACACAAGCCAAUUAGUGUGUGGACGACUAGCGUUGUAAGCAGUCGUUGAUAUUUAAGUUCUUAACCGUGAUAUCCACAGAGUGUUAAUCACGCACUUCCACUCAGCUAAGCACCAUCACUGAUUGAUAAAAAAAAAAAAACAAUUCAGAUAAUUUCGGCAAGCAGAAGUCAACCGAUUACAACUGCUGAAGAUGAAGGCCAUUUUAAUUAGUAUUACCGUAUUGGCUUGCAUAACCGCGUGGCUUUACCACGGUAUCAACAAUUUAGUGAAACCACUACCUAAACCGGAAUUCGAUACAAAUGUUUACUGGGGACCUGGCUCGGGGCUAGAUUACAAAGCGCCGGAAGAUAUUGUGCCUUUUAAAAUCAAAUACGAUCAAACGAUCAUUGACGAUUUACGCGCACAGCUCAACCGCACCUGGAAGUAUGCAGCUCCAUUGGAUGGCAUCAAAUUCCAAUAUGGUUUCAAUACGGAUGCGCUCAAACAUAUUGUCAUCUACUGGCGUGAAUUCUAUUUGCCCAAGUGGAGUCAACGCCAGGCCUAUUUGAACUCGCUGCCACACUUCAAAACCGAGAUUCAGGGGCUCAAAAUACACUACAUACACGCCAAACCUUCAGAGGAAGCGCGCAAGCAGAAGAAGGUAGUGCCAUUGUUAUUGCUGCAUGGCUGGCCCGCCUCGGUGCGCGAAUUAUACGACUUUAUAAAUCUUUUGGUUGCCGUUUCCGACAUACACGACCAUGUUUAUGAAGUGAUAGCGCCUUCUCUGGUUGGCUAUGGUUGGUCAGAUCCUGCCACCAAACCCGGCUUCAAUGCAGCACAAAUGGCCAUUGUUAUGCGCAACCUUAUGCUACGCAUUGGUUUCGACAAAUUUCUGGUGCAAGGUGGCGAUUGGGGCUCCAUAACCGGCAGCGCCAUUAGCACGCUCUUCCCUGAAAAUGUACUUGGUUUCCAUUCCAAUAUGUGCACUAUGUACACACCGUUGGCACUUGCCAAAUUGUUUAUUGCCAGUUGGGCGCCAGAGCGUUAUUUGCCUUCGCGCUUCUUUUACGAACAUCAUUUCCCGCUGAAAGCAAAAUUUUCGUCACUAUUUUAUGAGAUGGGCUAUUUCCACUUACAAGCUACCAAACCGGACACUAUUGGCACUGCUUUGCAGACCAAUCCAAUCGGCUUGGCGGCGUAUUUCCUAGAAAAAUUCCAAACAGUCACUGGACCUGGUCUAAAUCAGCAAUUCAACGCUAUGGACAAGGUGUACAAACUGGACCCACUGCUGGACAAUAUCAUGAUUUACUAUCUCACCGAUACGGCGACGACAUCGGUGCGCUUCUAUGCAGAGAAUUUAUCCAAGGAGUUCUUGGGUUUGCAGUUGGAUCGCGUGCAAUCACCAGUGCCAAUGGGCUGUGCACGCUUCAAGCAUGAUUUAACGGCGGCGCUCGACUGGGCGCUCAAAGACAAAUUUCCAAAUUUGGUGCACAGCACAUACUACAAUCAGGGUGGUCAUUUUGCCGCUUUCGAAUUGCCUGGUAUGCUGUAUAUUAAUUUUCAAGAAUUUGUGAAAAAGGUGAAUCUUGAGUAAUUUUCUACGCUUUUGUCUAAAUAAAUGUAUUUGAUUAAGAAACACUUCAUCCGCCUACUUAUAGUUUUCUGGUGUAUUUGUGUUA